AGAAGAGGCACCCGUCUCGACCUCACCGCGACGCGAAACGCCGAGAUAGUCCAUAAUUGCCCGCGGCUCGCGGCGGAUCGAUCGAGAUAUCGCGCGCGAGUGCGUGAUUCGCGCACGUUUUUUUUAUUUAUUUAUUUUUUUUUUUGUAAUUUUUAUCCCCCUCGCACGAUCACGAGGGAGAUCGGACAUCCGCGUUAUCGUUUUGCUUUCCGGAAAGGCAAGAGAACAGACUUCAUAAGGUCACACGAGGAAUAUGAUCCGCGUGGACGAGUCGGACCCAGUGGGAGAGAUCGAGCCCAGCUUUCCCUAUAGAGAUGUGGCAGUUCGUCGUGGAGUCGAGUUCAAGGACGAUUAUGACAUUCAGGCGGAGCUCGGACGAGGAAAAUUUGGCAUUGUUUACCGAUGUAAGGAGAAGGUGAACGGCUUGAUGCUCGCCGCGAAAGUGGUGAACAUCAUGCAAAAGGAGGAUCGACGAGCUGUGCAGAGAGAAGUCGAGAUCAUGCGACGCUUACAGCAUCCACGAUUAAUUCAACUGUAUGACGCUAUCGACGCGGGAAAACAGAUAUACGUUAUUCUAGAAUUGAUCGACGGCGGCGAGCUCUUUGAGAGAGUGAUAGACGAUGAUUUUGUACUGACGGAACGCAGCUGUGCCGUAUUUAUGCGGCAAAUAUGCGAGGGAAUAGAAUUCAUGCAUGGUCAGAAGAUCUUGCAUCUUGAUUUAAAACCUGAGAAUAUCCUGUGCCUGACGAAGGAAGGUAAUAGAAUCAAAAUCAUAGAUUUUGGCUUAGCGCGAGAAUACGAUCCGAACAAGAAACUGCAAGUGUUAUUCGGUACGCCCGAGUUCGUUGCCCCGGAAGUCGUAAACUUCGAUCAGAUUGGAUUCGGCACCGAUGUGUGGAGUAUUGGCGUGAUUUGUUACGUCUUAUUGUCCGGUUUAUCACCGUUCAUGGGCGAUACUGAUAUCGAGACUAUGGCUAACGUCACUAUUGCGAAGUACGACUUCGAUCACGAGGCCUUCGCCGAGAUUUCCGAGGACGCGAAAGAUUUCAUUAAAUGCCUACUGGUGAAAGACAAGGAAAAGCGAGUGACGGCGGCGCAAUGUCGGGAGCAUCGUUGGCUGACUCGUAAAGUGCACAAGACCAGAAGCGAGAAGGAAGUCGCGGGAAUCGCGGAGGCCAAACGGACGGCCUUCAUCGAGAAUCGUUCUGUCACAGUCGAUAAUGGCAGAGAGGAGCUGGACGUGACGAAGGACAAUCUCAGGCUGUUCGUUGAGCGUUGGCGAGAGCACCCGGACAGCCCGUACACGAUCACGGACUCGUAUCACGCGUUGCCGAGGCAGCCGGCCAACGAUCGCGAGGAAUCGGUGUCCCUGCGGGCUCACAGUCCCUCUCCCUGCGACAGUCUUCGCAGCAGCAGCACGCAGUCGGAGAAGAUGAUGGAUUCUGCGAGAGAUAAUUCGAGUCAUCUACUGUCCGUGCCGAGUCUCAGCUUGUCUUUGGAGAGGAGAGCCUCCGAAGGUACCGUGCUGCGGAACCGUCGCGAUCCCGCCAGCCAGAUCGCUUUGGCCGAGGAAAUCAUCAAAUUGUCCGAACAUUUGCGCGCGAUCGCCAUGGGGUCGAGCGUGAACGAGGAGAGUAACGUAGACAUAACGGAAGCGACGCAGCAUUCCAUGAAGAGAUCCGGCGGGCAUAAUCGCGGUACGUACUCGAAGAGCAACAGGACGGUGACCGUGUCUCGCAAUGACAGAGAGACGAAUGAGAUCACGGAGAAACUGUCCACUAUUACUCGGCAACGGAAGCUCAACGGGACAACGUUUUACAGUAGUCGUAGCUUCGAUAAAUACAAUGCCGAUACGAAUUCCGGUAAUGUGUUUGUAGCUUUGAGAAGAACGAGCAUUGGCGAGGCCGAGACAUCCGACAGACGGAAAGGUCGAAAGUCCUUCGAACAGAGAACUAUCGCGGAAGCGGUCGAGGAGAAGUUCAAUGAAGAGGCGAUCGGCAAGAGGACUACUCUUCAGACGUCCUUCGACGCGGAGGACAAGGAGAUGGAUCUGACACCUCCCUGGCGACGAUCGCGAGUGAAACGAUCCUUCGGCGAGACCAGUCGAGAUGUGCCGCGCAUAUCGAAUCUGCGGGAUCUGCACAAGAAUCUGAAUCUCAACGAGCCGACCAGCACCAAGGAUCUGUUGUUGCAUCUGUUGGGCGAGUGGGAGGAUUCCACCGCGACGUCCUACGGCGGCGCCGGCAGGAAGUCCGUCAGCCUGGACUGGCACACCGCGGACACAGUCGCCAGGAAGACGAUGAACUCGUUGGCGGAGUAUUUCCAGUCGAAGCAGCAAGAAGCGAAAUCCCCUGACGUCGUAUCGUCUACAUCGUCGUCGAUAUAUCGUUGAAUGUGCGUUUCGUCAUGAAGCCUGAUUCUCGCUGUAGAUCGCAUGGUUCGCGAAUCGACUGCAGACGAAUCUCUCAGGAAACACAAAAACGUGUUUUAAUUGUAUUAAGAAAAAUGACGAAUAUUGAAGUAGAAUAACUUUUGAUUAUCUCGGAGUUUUUUUUUCACUUAACUUCAAAUUUAUCAAUUCUUGUCUGAAAUUGCACCUAUUUCUGCAAAUUUAUUUACAUGGGAAUUUAUGAUUCUAUUUUUUAAAUUAAAUACAAACAUACGGAUACAAUGUUAAUUAAUUCAACGGAUUUGUACUUAUGUUACAUGGAGAGUUAAAUAUAAAUAACAGAGACGACAGGAGUGUAAGAGAGAAUGAGACUCCGAAAAUGUGUUAUCGAAACAAAACCUUGCUAAUGAGCUCAUAAAUUGUUAAUGAAAUUACUAUGAUAAUAUCUUGUAAUUAUAAUGUUAAAAAAAUGCGGAAACUUGUACUGUGCACCACGAGCACACCCUCAAAUCGAUAUUUUUAUACCUGUUAGUAUAACGUCUCCAAUUUUUAUCAAUUGCUUGCGGAACAAAUCGAUUUUAUU